GCAGGGGGCGGGCCCGCGGCGCCGGAGGAGGAAGUGGCGCGGUGGUUGGUCCCUCUGCUCCCCUCGGCUGGCUCCCGGGGCGCGGAGAGGAGCCGCGGUCCCGCUCGCCGCCCCACGCUCCCCGGCUGCGCUCCUCCAUGUGCUUCGGCGUCGUCGCUCCGCUCCCUCAGGCCGCCUCUUCCGCCGGGGUCUAUGGAAGUGAUGGAAGGACCCCUCAACCUGGCUCAUCAACAGAGCAGACGAGCAGAUCGUUUAUUAGCUGCGGGGAAAUACGAGGAGGCUAUUUCUUGUCACAAAAAGGCUACAGCAUAUCUUUCUGAAGCCAUGAAGCUAACACAAUCUGAACAGGCUCAUUUAUCACUGGAACUGCAAAGGGAUAGCCACAUGAAACAGCUCCUCCUCAUUCAGGAGAGGUGGAAGCGGGCGAAGCGGGAGGAGAGGUUGAAAGCACAGCAGAGCACAGACAAGGAUGCCGCUGCCCAUCUUCAGGCGUCACACAAGCCCUCUGCUGAGGAGGCAGAAGGCCAUAGUCUCCUCCUCUCUCAGAACUACAGCCCUUCCACGGAGAAACACCUGCCUGAAAUUCAGAGGGUCUUUGACAGGGAUCCAGACACACUGCUAUUUUUACUUCAGCAAAAGAGUGAGCCAACAGAACCAUGCAUUGGAAGCAAAGCCCCGAAAGAUGAUAAAACCAUUAUAGAAGAGCAGGCAACCAAAAUUGCAGAUUUGAAGAGGCAUGUGGAAUUCCUUAUGGCUGAGAAUGAGAAAUUAAGGAAAGAAAACAAACAACUCAAGGCUGAAAAGGCCAGACUUCUAAAAGGCCCAGUAGAAAAGGAGCUGUAUGUAGAUGCUGAUUUUGUAGAAAAAUCAGAGUUAUGGAGCUUGCCGCCACAGUCAGAAACUGAUACAGCCUCUUCAACCUGGCAGAAAUUUUCAGCAAGUACUGGGAAAGCCAAGGAUAUUCCAAUACCCAAUCUUCCUCCCUUGGAUUUUCCUUCUCCAGAACUGCCCCUUAUGGAACUCUCUGAGGAUAUUCUGAAAGGACUUAUGAAUAAUUAAAACGGAAGGCCAUAAAAGAGGUGAGAAGAGGAAAUAAUACAGUUAAUCCAGAAGAAACAAAAAAGGGAAAAAGCACAUACAAGGGUAAUCCUGGAAAUGCUUCAUUACCCGGCACCGGCGGAGAGGAGGCAGUGCAGGGCUCCGGAAGUGGUCACUGUGAAAUACGCCGCGUAUCUGACUUACUGACUCAAGCUAAUGAUUCCAGACUUGGCAGACACUAAACUCUCGGAGGUUCACUUUCUCCUAAUACAAACCAAAUGGCUACCUGGAAUAAUUUUUUCAAGCAACAAUUGUUUUUCUUAUCUUCAGGGUUAAAAUGUGUAAAAAUAUGUUAUGUGUAAUUAAUCUGUAAUGCCAUAAAUGAUAAUGCAAAACAAAUAAUUUGGUGGCCUGGGAAGCUGCCUUGUAUUUGAAACAUGCUUUCUAUCAUGCAUUGACUGUAUGCAUUUUGUUAUGCACAUUUCAUUUGUUCAGUAAGGUGUGUAAGACACCUUUCUAGAUGAAACUGUGUGUGCCACACUUUGCACUACUCAUAACAUAAUGAUAACCUCAAGACUAUCAGGAAAAAUAUUUAAAUUUCCAUUUUAUGAAGAACCAAAUUAUUAGUUAUGCUUUUUU